UGCAUAGUUCUCUCUUCUCCCGUUCUCUGCCUUGCUCGACUCUCUUCUCCCGUUCUCUGCCUCCCCUCGACGCCACCGCCGACCUCUGCUCGGCGAGCCACCGCCGACCUUUGCUCGACGCCACCUCCGCUCGCCCUCGACCCCACCGCUGCCUUCGUCGUCGACGGCACCAACCUCUUCGAGAAGCUCGGCCUCCCCACCUUCGUCAAUCUCCCCACCAAUUUCUACACAAGGUCGCUUCUCUGCAUAUGUCAAGGGAAAAAUUUCGUUUCUUUUUUAUCUAGUCAUGGAGAACGCGUGUUUCUAUGCUUGCCCAUUUGUUCGAUCGCGCUUUUAUGUUGGUGCUGCUCGAUGGGGUUCGUGGGUGUUGCUCUGAUGAUGGCGGAUGAUAGGUCUGAUGCUCCCUGCGAUGUCUUUUCCGACGUGUUCUUUUUAGUUGUAUCUUGACGAACUGCCGCUUCUUAUAGGUCAAUUGAGAUUGUUGAAAACAAAAAUGAUGACAAGAUCCUGGCUUUUGCUGAUUGAGAAUGUGAUUGACUAGUAUGGAAGAGUGAGAUGUUUGUGUUGGUGAGGUGAUUUAAGAUGCACUUCAGACCAUCGGGUUCGUUAGUUUCUUUGUGCUUUCAUUAGAUAUGGCCUUGCUCGAUUUUUCAGAGUUAGGAAGUGGGUUUGUUUGAGUCUGUCGCAGUGCUCUCUCUCUCUCUCUCUCUCUCUCUCUCUGUGGCGUGGGUUUUGUGUCUUCUGUGUGUGAAUUUUUUAUUUCUCUUUCUCUUUCUGGUUCUGUUUCUUGCGAAGUGCAGAAUUCAGGUUUCACAGACUUGAGGAGCUUCUCUCAGCGGCCUUUUGUGCCUGUAAUCUCUACCGCCCCUUUCUUGAAUUGCUUAUAAGAGCGGCGAGGCCAAGGGUGAGCUCGUGGCAAGAUUUUCAUGUGCUUGCUGAAAAAGCUGUUUUUUCAAGAGGAUCGCUUUUGCUGCCCUUCUUUGACUCAAUUGGAAGGGCAGUAGGAAGUUCCUAUCAGUCAAUGUUGUAUCAUCCGAUUGAUGCUUGGAAGUUCUUGACAAGCCGAAGUCUCACUUGUACAGGUGCAGCAGUAGGAAAGCUCAUCAAUUUGGUGACGAAGUGAAGGUUGCCCAAGCUGAUGAUUCAAGUAAUUAGUAAAAUUUACUAGUGAGACUUGCCAGAUAACAUUAGGCAAUUGAUGCCUGCAAAGUUUUUGAAGGCAUGUAAAGGAAGAAAUAUAAUUAGGGAUUCGUAGCUUGUGCAAAAAUCAGCGAACGUAUUCCCCGUGCUUCUUUUGUUCAGCAUUGGAGGAUGAUGAUGGCGACGGCAAUAAGAGAUGCUGGUGAUCAGGAUCGGCAGCUUCCCUCGGAUGUGAUGUACAACAUCUUCUCGAGACUGCCGAUCAAAUCACUGAUGAGAUUCAGGUCGGUCAGCAAAUUAUGGAGGGAGCUCAUCAACGAUCCACAACUUUCCAAAUUACACACACGUAAAGAAACUGUCCUCCUUCACCACCAUGCAGGAACUAUAUCUGUCUUCACUCCUCAUACAUCCAACAUUGCCUUGAUGAACCUCCGCCCCAUGUUUAAAUCACCGGAGAUCAAAAGAUGCAAGGUGAUAGCCGUUGGCGACGGAUUUCUCUGCCUUAAGCGUGAAGGCUCCAAGCCUCAAAAGGAUAUAUGGUAUGUCGUGAAUCCAAUUACAAAGCAAGUGUUGAAACUGCCAAAACCAGCCACAGAGUGUGAGUGUCCAUACACGUGCGCAUACGGCAUCGGAUUUGAUGUCUCGAGUGGAACUCUCAAAGUGGUCCGCGUGUGCUUCUCGUCUUAUGAAUCGGGUUUCAGCUACACGUUGGGGGCUGAAGUGUACGACUUCGGGGAGAGAUGCUGGCGAAGGCCUUGCACGAGUAGGGUCUCUAUAUUCCCCGUGAGAGUACUCGGGGGGGCCAUAUUCCCACAGGAGAGGGCCAUAUCUGCCAAGGGAGGUAUUCACUGGUUCAAAGAGAAUGAUUUGGCAGGACAAGGAAUGGAACCGAAGAUAGUUUCAUUCGACCUUGGAAAGGAAGAGUUCUCUUUACUACGGCCUCCGAAGUUCAAAGAUGUUGGAAGUGAAACAGGGUUGUUCGAAGUGGGAGGAUCGCUGGCGAUCGCGAAUCAUUCCCUGGCAAGACGUGUGGAGAUUUGGGUCUUGGAGAGCGGCAGCAAGUGGACGAAGAGGUACAAGAUUGAGUUGGCAGCAUUCCCAGAGAAUUUCAAGGACCAUGUGAUACCGAGGAGGGUGAGAUGUGUGGGGAAGAUAGAUGGGCAGCUGGUGUUAGUGAACUUCGCGGGCAGGCAUUGUUUCUCCUUCUAUAGUCCCAAGCAGAGGAGGUCCUCCCGGGGAUUUGACUUCGAGCACGUCCCUCAUGUCUGUCUAUCUCAUAUCUUCGCCUUCACGCCCACCCUCAUCUCAUUCCAUUUGUGAUUAUAUAUGCGAUGGCCAAGCUAAGCUAAGAGAGUAGAGGUGAGAUGAUAUCAGAAGGUGCAUUUUUUUGUCACAUUAACCAGAAAUUACAGCAUUAACAUGUAACGUGUGAUGAGUUCGUAGUUGAUGCCAUUGAGUUAUUUAUUGGAGUUGGCCAAUUCACAUGCGAUGGUUAUGACUUGACUGUCCUAUGUUUUUCUCUUUGUAUUAAUAUAAGUGUCGCUUAAAUUUGUUGUGA